AUGGUGUCAGAGUUAUCCGAAGAAGAUUACAUUGAUACUUACGACGAGGAUAACGGGAGUGAAAUGUCGUACUAUGAAUCAGAAACGGAAGACAUACUCGACGAUCCCGACGACGAUCUAAACUUUGAAGUCGUGGUGGCCGAGAAAGAUCGCAAAAAGCCUUAUGAAGUCGACUUUAAAGUACACUCUAUCGAAGGCAUCGUCAAAAACCAAGAUGAAGAAGUGACUCACGUGGCAAACAUACUUGGCAUUCUAAAAGAGCACGCUGCAACACUACUUCGUCAUUUCAGAUGGAAUAAAGAGCGACUUAUCGAGCGCUAUAUGGAUGAUUCACAUGAUGUAUUGCGGAAAGCGGGGGUGAUAACUGAGAAUUCUAGGGCGACGAGGGUCAUCAGAAUGCCGGGAUUUGUGUGCGAGAUUUGCUGUGAUGAUGAUGAUAAUAUGCUUACGUUAGCGUUAUCAUGUGGACAUAGGUUUUGCCGUAAUUGUUACGAACAUUAUUUGACACAGAAGGUUAAAGAGGAAGGUGAGAGUAGGCGGAUAAUGUGCAUGGCUAGUAAAUGUAAUGUUAUUGUAGAUGAAAAGACAGUGGGACUUAUUGUAAGCCCGGAAAUACACGAAAGAUAUCGAAGACUAUUAAACAGGACAUAUGUCGACGACAAUGAAUACCUACGUUGGUGUCCAGCUCCAUCGUGCGAAUACGCAGUGGAAUGUCACGUACCCCAAACGUCCUUAACCAGUAUUGUCCCAACAGUCGAAUGCGCAUGUACCUAUCGCUUCUGCUUCGGCUGUGGCCUUCCCGAUCAUCAACCAUCUAUCUGUAUGCUAGUUAAGAAAUGGAUUAAAAAAUGUGAGGAUGACUCGGAAACAGCCAACUGGAUCUCGGCAAAUACAAAAGAAUGCGGAAAGUGUCAUUCGACUAUUGAGAAGAAUGGAGGAUGUAAUCAUAUGACUUGUCGCAAGUGCAAAUACGAAUUCUGCUGGGUAUGCAUGGGGCCGUGGUCAGAACAUGGAACUAGUUGGUACAAUUGUAAUAGGUAUGAUGAGAAGAGCAGUCAAGAGGCUAGGGAUCAGCAAGCAAAAUCGAGAGCUUCGUUGGACAGGUAUUUGCAUUAUUACAAUCGCUUCGCAAAUCAUGAACAAUCCGCAAAGUUAGAUCGCGAACUGUAUAACAAGACGGAAAAAAAAAUGGAAGAAAUGCAACAAACUUCUGACCUAUCCUGGAUUGAAGUGCAAUUUCUCAAAAAAGCCGUAGACAUACUUGUCCAGUGUCGUAUGACAUUAAAAUGGACUUAUGCGUUUGCCUUUUAUCUUGCGAGGAACAACGAGACGGAGAUUUUUGAGGAUAACCAGAGGGAUUUAGAAAUGGCCGUGGAGCAGUUAUCGGAGCUGUUGGAGAAACCUAUAGAGGCAGAAAAGAUUGCCGAGCUAAAGCAGCAAGUAUUAGAUAAAACAGUUUACGUAGCAAGUCGACGAGAAGUGUUGUUAGAAGAUACCGCGAAAGGAUUGUUGGAAAAUCGGUGGGAUUUCCAAGUAAAUAUAUAA